AUCAUUUAAAAUACAUUAUUUACCUUUGCUCCAUAAAGCACAGUAACUUGGGAAAUCUUGGCUUGGGGUUUUACAUUACAAACAGAAGUGGUUUGAGAAGUUUGUUCAGGUUUGUCCUCACAUAAGAAAAUUCGAACAGGAAAUAGAAACAUGUUUGUGUGUUGUUUUUUAGAAACUUACAUUUUGGAUUUAUAGAUUUAAAAAACUGGCUAUCAAAUGUCGUAUUUUCUUAAACUUCCUUUACGUUAAUGAAUCAACUGAAAACAUCCUUCGAAAACGAGAAUGGUUUUGGGUAUGAAGUAGGGAGAAAUCUGUUGAACAUCCAUUCUAUAAAGAUCUGUUAUGGGAAAAGAGAACGGAGGGAAAAGCAUAUGCGGCAAGUAAAGAGCCAGGAUAGAAAGAAGGAAAGGAGAAAGGGAGUGAAGGAGAGAGGAAGAGAGGGAGGAGGGAGGGGGAAAAAAAAGAAAGAGGCGGGAACUAGAGGGAGAAAGAAGGAAGGAGUGAAGAGCGACUUAUUUGAAUAGCGCCUCAUUGUGCAGCCAGGCUCCUCCCAGCUGCCGCUUUGGAACCUACUUGUGAAUCAGCCGAAUGCAAGGAAGGAGAACGUAAUUCUAUGCCUUGCACAGAUGACAGAGAGGAGAAGAAACACUGUUCUACUAUUAAGCAUGGAACAUUAGACCUAAUAAAAGCCGGGUUCGGGUCACUGGGAUGGAGGAGCUGGAACUGCUGUCUCCUUGCCCAGGCUCCCGUCUCUCCCACUCUGGUCUCUUCCUCCGCCUGUCUCCUCCUUUCCCCGGGGCUCUGCUGAGUUCAUUCACUGGGAUUGGUUUCAAAUGACGCCAUCGCUUUAUUUUUAAACCAAUGACCUCAUCCUAGCUUGAAGUUUCCUGACCAGCGACUCUUUCUCUUUUCCCCCCUAACCCUCCCCCUCCCCCCUGCCUUUUUCCCUACUUCUGUGUAUCACUGUUUUUGGGGGGGAGGGAGAUUUAAUUAUUUUAGAAAAAAACUAUUAUUAUUCAUUUUCCCCCCUUGACUUUCUCUACAAGUCUCCACUUUUCCUCCCUAAGUUUUUCAUCCUUUUUGACUUUCUUUUUUUUAAAACUCAAAGCAGGUUGGGGGUGGGAGAAGAAGAGUUGCAAAUUUCCUCUCUUCCCAACCCUCCCGUCGCCAAGACUCGGAGAAGGAGAAGAUAAUAGAGAAAAGAGGAGGAGGAGGAGGAAGAAGAGGGGAGGAGGAGGAGGAGGAGGAGAGAAGCCGGGCCAGCGUUGGCGGCGGCGGCUCCUCGGAAGGGGAAGAGCCCCCGGGAGACGGACGCGGGUGACAACUUUCGUUUCUUCCCCGGCGAGCGAGGGGAGCGCAAAAGAGAGGUGGGGGAAAAGCUCUCAAUCCAUCGUAAAGCUCUUGGCGAGAGGGUGCCAAGGUAAAAGAUGAGGUAAUGCAGGAGCAGCCCUAAAGCAUCUUUUGUUGGAAUUGUGAAAUGGUUACUCCAGUCAUUUCUUUAUGAAUCUAAUGUGAGGGGCCGCUUUGUGGAAUGAGCCUUUUGUAACAGCGAACCCACAGGAAAGAGAAAGAGACAUUCACUUGGAGGACUCUUGCAGCAAAUGGGUUUAAAUUUCAUUUUGCCAGUCGCUACCAGGCUGACCUCAUACAUUUUGGGUACAAUGGAGUGGCUAAGCCUUUGAGUAUACAACCAUUACAUCAUCGUUGCCAAUUUUAAAAAAGGAGGUAAUAAAAGAGGACUUAUUGUUGACAUGGCUGAUGAGAUGACUGGGACUCAAAUUCUUACUGAGAGGUUGGUGGCUCUGCUUGAAAGUGGAACAGAGAAAGUACUCCUAAUUGAUAGCCGGCCCUUUGUGGAAUACAAUACAUCCCACAUUUUGGAAGCCAUUAAUAUCAACUGCUCCAAGCUUAUGAAGCGAAGGCUGCAACAGGACAAAGUGUUCAUUACAGAGCUGAUCCAGCACUCUGCAAAACAUAAGGUUGACAUUGAUUGCAAUCCAAAGGUGGUAGUAUAUGAUCAGAGCUCUCAAGAUGUCGCCUCUCUAGCUUCUGACUCUUUUCUGACUGUGCUCCUGGGUAAACUGGAGAAGAGCUUCACCUCUGUGCACUUACUUGCAGGUGGGUUUGACGAAUUCUCCCGUUGCUUCCCUGACCUCUGUGAAGGAAAGUCUUCUUUAGUCCCUACCUGCAUUUCCCAGCCCUGCCUGCCUGUCGCCAACACUGGGCCAACCCGAAUUCUUCCAAAUCUUUAUCUUGGCUGCCAGCGAGAUGUACUCAACAAGGAGCUGAUGCAACAGAAUGGGAUUGGUUAUGUAUUAAAUGCCAGCAAUACCUGUCCAAAGCCUGACUUCAUCCCUGAGUCUCACUUCCUGCGAGUGCCUGUGAAUGACAGCUUUUGUGAGAAAAUUUUGCCAUGGUUAGACAAAUCGGUUGAUUUCAUUGAGAAAGCAAAAGCCUCUAACGGAUGCGUGUUGGUGCACUGCUUAGCUGGAAUUUCUCGCUCUGCCACAAUUGCUAUUGCCUACAUCAUGAAGAGGAUGGAUAUGUCCUUAGAUGAAGCCUACAGAUUUGUGAAAGAAAAAAGGCCAACUAUUUCUCCGAACUUCAAUUUUCUGGGCCAACUGCUAGACUAUGAGAAAAAGAUUAAGAACCAGACUGGAGCAUUGGGUACAAAAAGCAAGCUUAAACUUCUGCACCUAGAGAAAGCCAAUGAAUUUGUUGCCACCACUUCAGAAGGAGCACAAAACAGUGAAACCUCUAUUAGUACCAACUCUGCUACCUCAGAUACCAUGGGGCAGAGGGCCGUGCACCCUGUGAGUCUUCCGGGUAUGCAGCUAGCAUCAUUUGAGGAUAGUCCACUGGUACAGGGAAUCAAUGGACUGCACAUGUCUUCAGACACACUGGAAGACAGCAGCAAACUCAAGCGUUCAUUCUCUCUGGACAUCAAAUCGAUUUCCUACUCCUCCAGUAUGGCGGCGUCUUUGCACAGCUUUCCCUCAUCAGAGGAUGCUCUGGAGUACUACAAACCUUCUGGUGCUUUAGAUGGAAGCAGUAAGCUGUGCCAGUUCUCUCCAGUUCAGGAAGUGUCUGAACAGACUCCAGAGACCAGUCCAGACAAGGAGGAAGCUACCAUCCCUGAGAAGACCCAGUCUGCUUGGCAGUCAGAAAGCCAGACCAAGAGAUUGCACCCUGGCAGAACCAAUGGCGGCAACGCUGCCCAAAGGCCCCUCCUGUCCCCCCUGCACCGAAGUGGGAGUGUGGAGGACAACUACCGCACCCUGUUUGGCCUUUCUACAAGCCAGCAGCAUCUGGCCAAGUCCGCUGCUGGGCUGGGCCUCAAGGGCUGGCACUCAGACAUCUUAGCUCCCCAGGCUUCCACCCCUUCCUUGACCAAUAGCUGGUACUUUGCCACUGAAUCCUCUCACUUCUACUCUACUUCCGCCAUCUAUGGGGGCAGUUCCAGGUACUCUGCCUGUAGUUGUAGCCAGCUGCCUACUUGCAGUGACCAGGCCUUUUCAGUACGCAGGCGGCAGAAACCGAGUGACCGAGCCGACUCAAGGCGGAGCUGGCAUGAGGAGAGCCCUUUUGAAAAGCAGCUGAAACGUAGAAGCUGCCAGAUGGAAUUUGGAGAAAGCAUAAUGUCAGAGAACAGGUCACGAGAAGAACUAGGAAAAGUAGGCAGCCAGUCAAGCUUUUCAGGUAGUAUGGAAAUUAUUGAAGUAUCCUGAGAAAACAUGGACAUGUGGACUUCUGAAGAUUUUUUUUAUCUUCCUGUUUAAUGAAAAAAGAAAUUCCCUGUAAAUCUGAAAUAUAUGUAUGGACAUAGAUAUUUUUGGAAAGUGGGGCUUUGGUGUAAAAGCUGUUUUCUCUUACUCUAAUGUCUGCGUGUGGGAGAGCAGCUAAUUUUUCUCCCAGGUAAAAGUGGAAGGGCAGAUGUUUAAGUUUUUUUUUUUCCCUGGACAGAUGAAGCAGUUGUAUGCGAUAAAUUGCACAUCCUCUUGUUCUUAUAAAAGAAAGCUUUAUUGGUGAUAGAGGACAGCACCAUUUCCAAGUUGUGCUACUAAUAAUUCUCAAAAGUCAGUCCUUACCCCGUUCUUUCACAGUGCACCUUAGCCCUGAAACUGAGCCAGCUUUUGGGUCAGGCGGGUAGACCCUGUUAGGGACAGAAACAUAGUUGUGAAUCCAAAAGAAAUAACUCACUGCAACAGAGGCCCAUUUGAACAUCAAAGCACAUUCAGUAAAACCAGCGACAGAAAAGAUCAUUCUAAUGGACAGGCCAUUAGUUGAUUUCCAAGAGCUGCUUUAUAAAGAGCAAAAAACCAAGUACCUCAGAUAAUACAAUUAGGGCUUUUACUGCUACCCAUUUCUGGGAGCCAGUUUUGUAAGCAUUGUGAAUAGGUAGGUAGGUAGUCAUACUUUUAAGGGCAAUUUAAGCUGUCUAUGCACAAAUUUCCAGUUGGGCCUGUUAUAAGUGGGUUUAAACCCAGUUAUAAGUGGGUUUAAAAAAAAGGUUUUAUUUCUCUGGCUUGGGAAGGAAAAGACUGAAAACCAUUUUGUAGUUCAUUUAAAUAGCUAGGAAUCAGGCACUCUACUGAUUUAAUCAGCAAUUGGGUGGUUAGGCAAGUUGACUUCCAUCCAGCAGUUCAAAGUGGAAUUUUAAAAAGUGAGAUCACACUAACUAUUGUGUUUUCUUUAAAACCAAACGUGUGUUUGGUGGCAACAGCAACAGCUCAGGUGUUCUCGGCCUAGCAGCACGUUUUCCACUGCUCCUAACACGGGUUUAGUCACCGUGCAAUCGGAAGGCAUGUUUUGUUGUGUUUUUUUUUAAACAGGGAAACUUAAAGCCGAAGAGGGAAAAAAAAGCCACGGGAGGAUUUAUGGGGAGAAAAAGAGCUGAAAGAAAAGGAGAAUGUACCUCCUUCCCCAGAAGCAAAUCUUUUUUGGUGUAUGGUUCCUAUGGUGGUAUCUACACUUUCCUCAGUUAGAUUCUCAGAUUUACCAGUAACGUAGGGGCUAGAGUAAGCAGGGUCAAAACGUCAAGCGUAGGAACAUCUGGGGAACGUUAUCGUCUUCUAACAAUGGCGCCAUAGCCGAUGGCCACGCCCAAGCAACUCUCAAAAGCGAAUACCCUUGGUUUUUUGGUAGCUGGGGCAAGAAAGAAGGAAGAGCACUUGGUCCUGAGCUGUAAUCACUGUAUGGCCAAUCACUCCAGGCAGCUGAAAAUAUAAAGUGACUAUGGCGAGUGUGUGAGGGAUAAUACUUACUUUGAAACUUUUCAAGCUUGAGUCUCAUCAGCUACAAUGUGGUCCUCAUUUGAAGCCUUAAUUCAUGUCAGCAGCUUGGUUUUUUCGUUUUGUUUUGUUUGUUCUUUUUAUGGUAGCUAGUUGCUGACUCAAAUCUCAGGUUUUUUAUAUGGUGAGAAAUGAACAGGUCUUUUUUGACCAAGAUGUGACUUACAUUUCCUGUGGUGACUGUAAAAAUCCAGCACAGAGCGGCAUGAUUCAAAGAUGACUGAUGUUGAUCGUGAUGAGUGUGAGGGCUUCAUAAGCGCAAAUGUUGAUCCAGGUGUUGUGCGAGGAUGAAACACAGGUGGAGAGGGGAUAAACUGCUCAAUGUACUGCCACUCACUUUCUGUAUGUGCAGAGUUUGAAUGUUUGACAUAGACCCAUUCUCAAGGUUUCACACAGACAGAUGUUCUGAAUGUGUCAUAUUACUGUUCUCUCAGUACAUAUCAGCUAUUUAACUGCUCAUUUUUCAGGUUAAUGAACGGACACAAAUCAUUCAUUGAUUUGAGUAACAUGUACGUGGACAAUCAGGUGUCCAAAUCCCAGUCUCAACUGUCAGACUUAUUAAAUGUUAAACAGUAGUUUCAACCUUACAGACUUUUCAUGAAGGUGUGUAGACUUUAUAUUUGAAGAACAACAAAAGUGUAUCAGCAGAAACCCAAAUCACAAACCUCUCCCUGGGGUUUCUCUUCCUGCAGCUCUGAUCUGGCGUCACACCACAACCUGCAGGCCUAAUAGCUAAUGUCAAAUCACCAGCUCUUCAGCAUUGAAAGUAUGGCCUUUUGGACCACUCGGACAACUUUAGGUGGCGUGGUUGGUACUCACACUCAAGAAUCCAUUCUUAGGGAAAGCCUUAGAACCUGUUUAGUGCUAUACAGGAUGGUGAUUCAAAACAAAAUAAAAUCAAAAUGACAGCAACAAAAAAUAACCAACUAGAAUUCUAUGAGAAAUGCUGGAAAUGGUUUUAAGACAUUGGUAAAACUUAGGUGGACUGGUUAUGUACAUGUUGAAUAUGAAUAUAAUGUUCUUUGGGUGUAAGGCAAGCUACAUGGUUAAAAAUUGUGCAUUUCUCACUUUGUGUCAUGAACAUUAUUGUAUGUUAAUAUGAUGAAUAAAAUCAGAAUUGGUACCUGUUUA